GCUGAUUGGUCGUUCUUUUGACAGGUUAGGAACACCGCUGAAGUCGUGAUAUUUAGAACGUGACAUUAAACUAUUGAAUUACCAUCUGUUUUGAAGAUGUGCGACCAUGUUUUACUUCAUAGUGGAUAUCAUCAUCCAGUUCUGAGGUCAUGGCAGGCCACAAAUACAACAAUUACGGCAGAAAAUCUUAUUUAUCCAAUAUUCAUUACAGAUGAUGACGACGCUAUACAGGAGAUUGCCAGCAUGCCGGGCCAGGCACGUUAUGGUAUAAACAAACUAAGGGAAGCUUUAAAGCCUCUGGUGGAGAAAGGCUUGAAAACUGUACUUAUAUUUGGUGUGCCAGAGAAAAUCCAAAAGGAUAAUAAUGGAACGGCGGCUGAUCUACCAAACACACCAACAAUGAUGGCAAUACAGAUGUUACGACAGUGGUUCCCGGAUCUACUUAUAGCAGCAGAUGUGUGUCUGUGUCCAUACACGUGUCACGGCCAUUGUGGUAUAUUGUACGAGGAUGGCACAUUAAAUAAUGAGGCUAGUAUAGCCAGACUCGCUGAAAUCAGUGUCAGUUACGCAAAAGCAGGAUGUCAGAUUAUCGCACCAUCAGAUAUGAUGGAUGGAAGAAUUGGUGCCAUCAAGAAAGCCCUGGCUGAGACUGGUUAUGGUAGUAAGGUAUCGGUGAUGAGCUACAGUGCCAAGUUCGCAUCCAGCUUUUACGGACCUUUCAGAGAUGCUGCAAAGUCGGCCCCAAGUUUCGGAGACAGGAGAUGUUAUCAGCUCCCACCUGGAUCUAGUGGUCUGGCAGAGAGAGCUGUGGACAGAGAUGUACAAGAAGGUGCUGAUAUUCUGAUGGUUAAACCCGGCCUUGCAUACUUAGACAUUGUAAAAUCCAUAAAAACAAAGUAUCCCACACAUCCAAUGGCCAUUUACCAAGUGUCCGGGGAAUAUGCUAUGUUAUAUCACGGUGCUAAAGCUGGGGCAUUUAACCUACAAACCACACUUCUAGAAGUUCUAUCAUGUAUGAGGCGUGCAGGUGCUGAUAUUCUUAUUUCCUACUACACACCUCAGUUACUGGACUGGUUAUCUACAAAAUGAGCUGCCAUGUUUUAGACUGUGCCCACAUUUUCAUCAAUCGUCCAUCCAUCAAAUUCUAUGGUCCCAUUUUGUACAUCUUAUCAUGACAUAUGUUUCCAUUGUGCUGGAAUGAUCAGAGACAUCAGUAUCAGCUGAAUGUUUUGUUUAAAAGUCUUUCUGUAUUUAUUCUUCAGGUCUAGGUAUUUUUAGCUCUUGGACUCUGUUUUAAAAGCUCUUGUGCAAAAUUACCAAGCCAUAUUUUUAACCUUAAAACGUGUGAUCAUUUAUAUGCCAUGACUUAUUUAUAUAGAAUGAUACUAGUUGUCUAUGAAAAGUAUGUCAGGGUUCAACUACUGCCAUAGAAAUAGAUUUGUACUGCCUGACAACUUUCAUGACAUUUCACACUGUAUUGGAUGCCAUAUCCAUAUGUAUAUAAUAAAUUGUCAUCACAAGAAACCAUAUGGUUGUUUCUUUGAUAUUUUUCUGUUGAUCAAUAGUUGAUGUAUAUUUGAAAAAAAUGAUAGUUUUGGCUAAUUUGUGUCUGGAAAUUAUGAAAAUGCCCCCAAAAUAAACUGUCAAUGGCAACAGUAUUUCCUUUUCCAGAAAAAAACAACAGUUCUUUAUGAUAACCUAAUCCUUUUCCAAAAAAAAGUUCCUUAUGAUAUAAAAUGUUAUUUUUGUUUUAUUGAAAAAUAGAAUUGCUAUUUUAUAUGUUAAUUUUUAAUUUUAUUGUUAACACAUUAUAUAAUCAGAGUUUAUUUGUCAUUAUUAUACAGAUUUCUUUCAUAAUUAUAUGUGUACUAUCACUUAUAAAAACUUGGCAUUGUGGCAAAAGUAUAAAUUUAGGCUACACUGUACAGUUCCCUAAUGACUACAGAUUUUAACUGUUCAAUUAAGAUAACUUAAUAUUAGUAAUUAAUUCCUUUAAGAUGAAAAUUCACUGUAAAGUUAACAUUAAACAGGACAAAUCUUAUUAAUAUUCAUCGUGAUUUCUUGAGUGAAUGAUAAUGGGCAGUUCCAAAAAAUAGUAGAUGGUCAAGUUCAUUUAGAAAUCAAGCUAAUGGUUAAAGGUUAAAAAUUUGGCUUUAUUCCUUAUA